AUGGGGAAGCCUUUGAUUUAUGAGAUCUUGGAAAAACCAGCAACAAGUUGUAUUAUAGGAAUAUGUAGUGCAAUUUGGUUUUAUAUACAGAAGAAAAACAUUGGUUAUUCACAUGUUGGUUUGAGUUAUGAGACUGCAAUUGAAGGACAAUACUGGAGAAUAAUCACUUCUGCAUUUUCUCAUAUAAGUAUAAUUCAUCUUGUUUUCAAUAUGAGUGCGCUAUGGAGUCUUGGUAUGGUAGAGCAAUUGGAUCAUGUUGGUCUUGGUGUUGAGUAUUAUUUGCAGUAUACACUUGUGUUGGUUGUUGUAUCAGGAAUGUUGGUUUUGGCAAUGUAUCAUUUGCUGAUUCAAAGAUUCAAGGUUGAGUAUUUUCGUCGAGUGACGGCUGUUGGUUAUUCCUGUGUUGUUUUUGGUUGGAUGACGAUACUUUCCGUGAAGCAACCUUCUUCGAAGCUGGAGCUCUUUGGAUUACUUUCGCUUCCUAUUAGUUUUGCUCCGUUUGAAUCACUUAUUUUCACUUCGAUUAUUGUUCCUCAGGCAAGUUUUAUUGGUCAUUUAUCUGGGAUUGUUGUUGGAUAUGCUAUAGCUUGGGGUUUGAUUCACGGAAUGACAAAUUACUGGGCUCUUUCGUUAUUGGGUUGGAUUGUUGUUGUCUUUGUUUUUAGUUUGAAGAAAUCUGGUGCAUAUGAACUCAACUUCAUUGAGAUUGAAUCUGUUACUGAUCCUUCGUUACCGUCUGUACGGUUUCUGGCAUCCAGCAAUGGCAGAACCCUGCAGAUGAAUGCAUUGCCUGAUGGAAAUGUUGAAAUUGUUUGA